UUCUCCCAAACAAAUAAACUGGUGUGUGAAUUUAUAUAUAUAUAUAUAGGUUGAAGAUCUAGACAGAUUUCGGGAAAAUGAGCUCAGAAUUCUUGCCAAGUUAAAGCCCCCAGUUGCACCCAAGCUGUAUGGUGCAUAUUAUUACGAAGACAGUGUCUAUAUUAUAAUGGAGUUGGUACAGGGAUUCUCAGGUUCAAAGUUUGGAAAAUUAUAUGGAAAAGACAUGAAGAAGUGCUUCAAACUGUGCGAAGAGCUGCUAAGACAUAUAAAUCACCUACAUAAUAAGCAAAUAGGACAUUUUGACAUUAAACCAGAUAACCUGGUAGUCUCUGUAGAUGAUCAGCAGUUGAAGGUUACACUGGUUGACUAUGGCUUUGCUCAUCAGUUGUACAAGGAUCAGGAUCUAAGCGAAAGGUUUGGUACGCCAUACUACUGUAGUCCCCAAAUAGCCAGGGCUGCAGAUGUGAAUAAGAAGUCAGAUAUUUGGAGUGCAAUGGUCACUGUCAUGGCCAUCAUCCUAAGUGACCAAGAGACUGGACCUAUACCACCUCUUAAGAAAUGUUACCCAAAUUACAGACUUUCAACUCUGCAGACACAUUUAAAAUGUGAAAUCACUGGACCAGAAGAAUUAAUUGCUUGUCUGCCUGGCUCUGUUGACAAGCAUUUCCAAGAUUUACUUUCCCGGGGACUUGGUGUUAAACUGAGACACAGGGCAGGUCCAAGGAAACUCCUGAAACACAGAGCUUUUAGCAAAUUCAGGGAAAUUUUUAUGGCACUGCAGAGUUUCCUUCAAGAGCAAAGAUUGGAUGAUGGAUUCUUAAGUGACUAUGCCAAAGAUAAUUUCAAAGAAAUGAUAGGAGAUCCUUUGAAUGAGAAUUGCAUGUUUAAUGCAUUAGCUAAUCAAUUAGUAGAACAUCUUAGCUUGCAGACAACAGGACAAAAGUUUCGAGAAGAAAUAGUUAAGCAUCUGAGACACAAUCCAAAAAAGACAGAUGGUAUGUCACUGGUGCAUUUCCUGGACAAUGACGACCCUUCCUGGAGGCAAUACAAAGAACAAAAAGCACAUAUCUUCCAAAAGACUGCAACCGAGGACUGGCACACCAAGCAAAACCAGCUGUGCCAAAUUAAGUGGAGGUGGUACCUUCGUCACAUGAGUCACAGUGGCACGCAGGGAGAUGCUUUAAUUCUGUGGGCAGCAGCACAGCUGUAUGAAGUAGACAUCAGGAUUAUUGCAGACAAUGGAAAUCAUUUUGUUAUACGCACUGAAGCAGAGUUCCCGCAAGCAGAGCUUCUACUUGGUUACUAUCAAAAACUAAGAUUUGUCAGCUUGCGUGAUAUUGCAGUCACAGAAGUGCUCAAUGCAGACCAGGUGCCAACUGGUGAAGUACUGUUGGAGCUACUGACACCUGCUAUUCCAAUUUUUUUGGAAAAUGCAGAGGAAAUGAUUGAAGUCCAAACUGAAACAAAUGUAGAUCAAGCUGAAGUUACUGAGGACCCAACCAAAAAAUAAUAUGGUACAUUGACCAGAUACGCUUGUGUCUGACUCUGGAUGGGGGAGGAUGUGGGGUCAACUCGGUCUGGAUUCGAUUUCAACCAUAUAAACGAGUACAAAUGCACUUGUUUGGUCAUUAAAGAGUGGGCUGACCACUCGGAUUCUUAA